AUGGCUGAAUCCAACAAAGCACCUUCAUCCUCUCUGGUUUCUGUGAUAGGGUCUCAAUUCCUAGCACCACAUCAACUCGAUAUUAUAGUUGAUAGAAUUUCAAGCGGAAUCCUUUUGAUUUCAGAUAUUAACCAUAAAAUCAUGUUCAAAGUGAAACCAUGCGACUCGUUCUUUCAUGAGCAGCGAGUACUACUCGAUGCUGAUGACAAACCCAUCGUUGUGAUGCGCAAUAAGAGCAUGACUGCACACGAUGGAUGGUAUGUAUUCAGGGGUGACAGUGAAAGCAAAUCGGAUAUGAUAUUUACCACAAAAAGACAUUGCGUGAUCCAGCUGUUUAAGAGUGAUGUAGAUGUGUUCUUGGCAAACAAAACCAGUAGUAAAAAUGUUUGUGAUUUCAAGGUCGAAGGAAGCCGGUCGAAGAGAAACUGCACUAUUUAUAUGGGAGAUACUUCAACCAUGAUAGCCCAAAUGUCCAAAAUGCUGUCAUCGGAGAAUAUUAUAAAGUUCGUUAAUGAGAAAUUCAAGGUGACCAUUUCUCCCAAUGUGGAUUUUGCGUUUGUGAUCACAAUUAUAGCAAUUGUUGAGGCUAUGGAAGACUCUCACAAAAAAAAAAGUAAAGGUGUUGUGCAAGUUGUUGGAGGUGUGACUAACGUUGUUGGCUUAAUACUCCUUUUAUAG